UCCCUCAGCCAAUGAAGGCUUGUCACAGGGGACUCACGUGGACGAGGCGCUCUUAAAACCUAGCUCCUGACUUUUCCUCAAGUUCAAUUUUUUGGGAUUCCCUCUCACCCCCAUCACAUCCCGUCCUUUUACUUGCCAGUUGUGACUAUUUAACCCAGUUUACCUCUCCUUUUCUCGCCUGCUUGCGGCGCGCAUCGCUUCGUCCCACGUCUUCCGCUUGCUCUUCUUUCCGCUGCAGCUCUCGGACUCCCCUCUCACUCUCUCUCUCCCUCUCUCUCUCUGUGCUCCGAGUUUUUGAGGUUUUGUUCAUCUUCUGUAAAGAAUGCGAACAGUUUUUGUCCGUUGUCUGAGUGCUUACAUGACGAGCUGCCUUCUACAUUCUCCUCCGCGCCUCUGUACCUGUCCAUGGUGCUGAAAGACAACGGUGCGCUGCUACUCCUCAAAUAGACAUUAUUUCUACAUCUUUUCUCGUCCUGCAGGUGAGAUACAUUUAUCUACAACAGGCUCAUCUUCCAACUAAGGCUUCUGAACUUAAAGCAGAAGGAGUUUGUCCCGAAGAAAUAAUCGAUUGUGACUCUAAAAGAGUACAGCGGCUGCAUCGCUUUCACGAGGACUCGUCUUUUAUCCGACAGAAAGAAGAACAAUCGGAUGCAUGGACGGUUGUUGUAACGCAACUUAGACUGGAGAUAUUCUCUGUUUGAGGAAGAGGAAAUAGCGGAUGAAUUAUCUUUUAUUUUGACGUAUCCAAAAACAUUUAGGCUACUUGCUGCGGGGGAAAGUGGGUACUCCUUCUCUUCUGCUGGAUCAACAGAGACUUCAACACCCUUCUCACCACCAAAGUAAAACUUGUCCUGAAUACCAAAUGGUUGUUUGAGGAGGCCCCGAUCAAGACAAUGGAGACGUCCGCCAACGGGUCCAGUUUCGGCAUCGACUCGCUGCUGUCCCACAGGCCGGGAAGCCCGGUGUCCAAAGGGGACAGUCUGGUGGGGGAGUGCCGCUCGCCUCUGGAGUUCAGCCCGAGAUCAGACGCGGAGUCCGGCUGCUCGUCGCCUCCGUCUCCGAGGAGGGAAUGUGUGGAUGAGAUGGCCCAGAGGCAAGGUCACGGUGUGGGCCUGCCGCCGCACCUGCAACACGCACAGAUCUCGGCGGGGUCGCAGCAGAGGACCGUGACCUCGUCGUUUCUCAUCAGAGACAUUCUCGCGGACUGUAAGCCUCUAGCCGCCUGCGCGCCCUACUCCAGCAAUGGGCAGCCGACUCAGGAGGCAGGGAGGCUGGUGUCCAAGAUAGCGGACGACUUUAUGGAGAAAAUCCACAGCAACUCGUCGUCAGACAGCGAAUAUAAAGUGAAGGAGGAGGGGGACAGGGAGAUCUCCAGCAGCAGAGACAGCUCUCAGGUCCGGCUGAAAAAGCCCAGGAAGGCCCGGACGGCCUUCACGGACCACCAGCUGGCCCAGCUGGAGCGCAGCUUCGAGCGCCAGAAGUACCUGAGCGUCCAGGACCGCAUGGAGCUGGCGGCCUCACUCAACCUCACCGACACACAGGUCAAGACCUGGUACCAGAACCGGAGGACAAAGUGGAAGAGGCAGACGGCGGUGGGACUCGAGCUGCUGGCGGAAGCAGGAAACUACUCCGCCCUGCAGAGGAUGUUCCCGUCCCCGUACUUCUACCCUCAGAGUCUUGUGUCCAAUCUGGACCCCGGAGCGGCCCUCUACCUGUACAGGGGCCCCUCGGCGCCCCCGCCAGGCCUGCAAAGACCCCUUGUCCCGCGGAUCCUGCUGCAUGGACUGCAAGGGGGCAGCGAGCCGCCCCCUCCGCCUCCUCUGCCCCCAAUGUCCGGCGUGCUUUCUCGGCCAGGUCAGCAGCGGUGAGCCGACCCCCUGCUGAUUUCUUUGUUUUUUUUUUACAUACGCCCACCCUGGCAGCUUUUGGACUUUUUAGAUGAAAUGAAACAAAGACACAAACGAAAAAAAACAAACAAAAAAACAACCCGUGAUGAACACGCGUAACAGAAAAAGGAAAACUGUUGAUGGCCUUUUUAUGGAACGAAAUGACCAACAGACUGAACUCUGUGGACGGAGCUCUGUGACUCUGUGUCAAUGUGUGGAAAAGAUAUUCUUUUGUUAUUUUUUGAGGGGGUUUUGAGCUUUAUUUAUUAUUUAUUUAUUUUUCAAUUUUAAUCAAAGAAACUAA